AUGCCGAUUCGGAAGGUACUCAUGCCUCCCCCUGCCAUGAACAUCGCCCAUGUAAGCCGUGAUGUCCAGGUCCCGCCCACCCCUGCCAACUCGGGCUUCCGGACCGAGUGCACCAAGCCUUCCAGCGAUGAUUUCUUCGGCGUCUCCUUUGACGACACCGCCGAGAAUAACUUACUCUCGCAUGUACUGUUGGAAGUCUCGUUCGUCAUCGUGGUCACUCGGGUUCUCCGAUUUCUCCUCAAGCCUCUUCGUCAGCCUAGAAUUGUCUCGGAGAUCCUCGGUGGAGUGCUCGUUGGACCCUCCGUUCUGGGCCACAAUCGCAAGUUCGCAGAAUAUGCGUUUCCAGAUAGUGCCAAUUUCGUGGUACGAAACGUUGGUGCGAUGGGUUUCAUGUAUUUCCUCUUCAUGGCGGGCGUGAGAACGGACAUGGCAAUGGUGUGGAGGUCGGCGAAGAAACACGUGUACAUAGCAUUGACAGGCUUUUUCGUCCCCUGGUUCGUAGUGAUAGGAAUUGGUCUGUUCAUGCGACGGUCCAUGAGCGAUGCUUAUGGAGAUUGGUUAUCCAUCGGAGUACUUGGUUCGUCCACGGCUAUAACGGCAUUCCCUGUUCUGUAUCCCAUCCUCAAGGAGCUGAAUAUUCUGAAUUCUGAGGUAGGACGCUUGGCCUUAUCGUCCGCAAUAGUCGUCGAUAUGCUGGGAAUCGUCGCCAUCGUUAUAUUGGAAGCAACAGUCCAGGUAGAAAGCGGUUCCAACGAUGGCCUGUGGUGCUUGGCUGCGGUGCUCCUAACGGUGGCCAUCAUGUACGUUGGCACUCGGGCUGCGGUUUCUCGGAUCAUUCGAAAUACCCCAGAAGGCAAGCCCGUUGACCAAACUUACAUCGUAGCGAUCCUCGUGGGGGUGUUGGUCACGGGGUUCGUGACCGACUUCUUAGGCGUGGCCAUCGGUAACGGGCCUCUGUGGCUGGGGUUGAUGAUUCCCGACGGCCCCCCGCUCGGGACAACUCUGGUGGAGCGGAGUGACACUAUAAUCAUGGAGCUUCUCAUGCCAUUUUCCUUCAUGUUCAUCGGCCAGUCCACAGAUUUGGCCGCGAUGGGGAAGGCGUGGUCGGACCUGAAACCAAUCUGUGCCAUCGUUGCAAUUGGGCACUUUACCAAAGUGGUGACGUGUCUUUUGUCCGGCCUCUUCAUCCACAUGCCCGUCGCGGAUGGUCUUGCCCUCGGCCUCAUCUUGACCCUCAGGGGUCAGGUUGAUCUCUUGUUGUUCGUUCAUUGGUUGCAAAAAAAGGUACACAUCGCGCACGACGAACAUAAUCCAAAUUUAUUUGCGAGUAUACACACGUAUCAUUCUUCACUUUUGCUCCUCGUCGGAUUCCCGAACGAAAUGCAGGUCAUACAACCGCAGGUGUACACGAUGAUGGUCAUGCUUUCAGUGUUGGUCACCGCAGUAUCGACGCCAUUGAUCGGCAUCCUGUACGAUCCCACAAAGCCUUACAUGGUGAACCGCAGGCGAACCAUCCAACACACUCCUCCGUCCACAGAACUCGGGGUGGUCCUUAAAAUCCACGACGAAGAAGAUACGGCCAAGUUCAUCAACUUCAUAGAAGCCUCCAAUCCCACUGUGAGCUCUCCGAUCUCAAUCUAUGGUCUGCACCUUGUGGAGAUAGUUGGUCGUGGGUACCCUAGGCUCCUCGACCACGAAAAGCUGGCGCAGUAUUCUACGUACGCCAUCUACGAGACCAUCCACCAAGCCAUGAAAGUGUACCAGGAAAGCAAGAGCGAGUGCAUCAGCUACAAAGCCUACACGGCCAUGUCCCCGAAGCGAACCAUGUUUCGAGAUAUAUGCGAGCUCGCCCUCAUUAACAAGGCUACGUUGAUCCUCCUCCCAUACCACAAAAAUCUCCCACAGAACCAUCACAGAAUUGUGCUCGUGAGUGCCGUGUUGGCCAACGCGCCGUGCUCCGUGGGCAUACUCUUGGACAAGGGCCAUUUUAGGAGCAACUCGAUGCUCGCGGUCAACCCUACCGACUUCCAAGCACAGUUCCACCAAUUAGUCCUCCUAUUUUUAGGAGGCGCGGAUGGUCGAGAAGCGCUUUAUUACGCAGAUCGGAUGGUGGGGAACCAGAACGUGCGUCUCACCGUGGUCCGAUUCCUUGCCUACGACGGGGAAGGGGACGAUGAGAUGGAGAAGAAACUGGACGACGGGGCGGUGACCUGGUUUUGGAUGAAGAAUGAGAUGAACAGGAGGGUAAACUACAGGGAGGUGGAGGUGAGGAACGGCGAAGAGACGGUGGCCACGGUGCACGCGAUGAACGACAACACGUUCGAUCUCUGGAUCGUGGGGAGGAAGCAUGGCAUAAACCCGGUGCUGCUGCGAGGGCUGGAGGAUUGGAGCGAGAACAGUGAGCUGGGAGUGAUGGGAGACUACGUGUCGUCCCUGUACUGCGAUGCUGCGGCUUCGGUGCUGGUGGUCCAACAGCAAGUUCUGAGGGAGCAAAAGCAUUGGCUUCGGCGUAUGGGGGUUGGUGUGAUGUAAGCACAGAACCUUAGGAGGAGCAACGGAGUCGUCAGUAGAGUCUUUAGUUCUUUUUCUUUUUCUUUUUUUGGAUAGUUAUUUUAGGAGGAAAAAGAACAUCCAAAGCGGAAGAAGCAUGGAUUGCCUUCUUCUGCGGAAGAGACGUU